AGGAGGAGGAGGAUGAAAUCCAGGAGGUCCAGAUCACCGGGGAAGAGGAGGACGAGGAGUCCGACAGAGAUGGAGAGGAGCUGGAGUGGGAGUCAGGGAGCACAGUGCUGGACUCCAGCGGUUCCGCCGCGCAGGCACAAGCGGUCGUUAUGCGGAGUAUGGACCGAAGGGAGGAGGAGGGGGAGGCGGACCCACUCGGCAGCAGCAUCCCCUCUGGGCGCGACUCUCACCCGGAGGGAGACCUUCAGCGGUCAGAGCGGAACAAGCUGAGCGAGAACACCCGCCUGGCCACCAGGUACGCAGUGAGGAUCUUCAGGGAGUACCUCAGCGAGAAAGCCCAAAGUCCAGACUUUGAAACUCUGGACAAGGAUGCGCUGUGCGCCGUGCUGCGCUCCUUUUACGCCGAAGCGCGCUCCAAAAGUGGACAGUUGUAUAGCAAGUCCUCCCUCAUCAGCAUCCGGAGCUCUCUGAACCGGUACCUGAACGAGCCGCCCUACUGCCGCACCUUAGACCUCACCAAGGACCCAGAGCUGCGCAGCGCCAACCUGACCCUGGCUGCGGUCAUACGGAGGCUGGAGGAGCAAGGCGCCGGUCCGGUGGUGCAGAAACAAGCCAUCACGCGUUCAGACCUGCGGAAACUGUAUGAGUCCUCUGUGUUCAACACCGACACCCCGUUUGGGCUGCUAAAUAAAGUCUGGUUUGAGACUUGCAUGUAUUUCUGCACCAGGGGGAGAGAGAACCAGCGGGAACUGGAAGAGGACUCGUUCGGUCUGGCUGUGGAUGAGGACGGAAGAAAGUUUGUGUAUUUUAAAGCUCUCGGACCGUACCACAAGUCCCGCUCCGCCGCCUGGACCAAGAAGCGCCCGGACGCAGACGAGGACACACUGCCGCGGAUGUACGAGACGGGCACGGAGCAGUGUCCGUACGCCAGCUUCGUCCGGUACGUGUCCAAACGGAACCCUCUGUGCAGGGCGUUCUUCCAGCGGCCCCGGGACCACUGCUGCGUGAGCGACGUAACCUGGUACGAGAACAAAGCCAUCGGCAAGAACCUGUUGGGCACUAGAAUGCAGAUGUUGUCGCGCGCUGCCAAGCUCUCAAAAACCUACACCAACCACUGCAUCGGCGCCGUCUCCAUAGCAACGCUCAACAGCAUCGUGGGGGCUGCGAGCUUCAAGCCUCCGACGACGCUUUACGUUGCCUCGGAAACGGUCAACGGUCACGCGCAGUCCCACCUCCAGCUCGUGAUCCCGUACCUGCGCCGGGUCAGCGAGGUCGCGGAUCUGAAUCAUCAGCAAACAACGCAAGCAGAGACACCGAACACAUCACCGACACCGUCAGCGGCAGCAUCAGCGGCGAGGAGCGAGAGCACCGAGGACGACCCGGGAGCUCCUUCUGCCAAGAAGCGGUGUGUGCGCCCCGGGAAGCGCGCCGAGUCGCCUACGGAGCUGAGUGAGUCGGUGCCUGUGACAGCCACGGAGUCCCGUAUCGCACAGCCCGGUGCCCGGUCCCCGGUCCCUGUGCUCACAGAGGACAGACAUAGCAGUGGCAGCAGCAGCAGUAUGUCGAAUCAGAAGCUGGCUUCUUGGUCUCCAGUGUCUCCCCUGUGCACCACCGGCAUCCCGGCACCAGCCCAGCUCACCAAAACCAACGCGCCAGUCCACAUUGAUGUAGGAGGACACAUGUACACCAGCAGUCUCCCCACACUCACCAGGUACCCCGAGUCAAGAAUCGGCCGCCUGUUUGAUGGAACGGAGCCCAUAGUGUUGGACAGUCUGAAGCAGCACUACUUCAUCGAUCGGGAUGGCGACAUGUUCCGGUACAUACUCAACUUCCUGCGAACCUCCAAGCUCCUCCUCCCUGAUGACUUCAAAGAGUACUCCCUGCUCUAUGAAGAGGCCACUUUCUUCCAGCUGGCUCCUCUAAAGGCCGAGCUUGAGCGCUGGAGGGCUGAGCAGGAGCGCGGGGAUGUUUCUCGAGACUGUGAGUGCGUUGUGGUCCAUGUGACCCCGGAGCUCGGUGAAAGGAUCAGCGUGAGCGCCGCCCGGGCAGUGAUGGAGGAGGUUUUCCCUGAGGUCACCGAUAUCAUCUACAGUUCCAUGAACACCAGUUGGAACCAGGACCCAACACACGUCCUCCGCUUCCCACUCAACGGCUACUGCCACCUCACCUCAGUUCAGGUGCUGGAGCGGCUACAGCAGAAAGGUUUCUUUAUCACAGGAUCAUGUGGCGGCGGAGUGGAUUCCUCCCUAUUCAGUGAAUACGUUCUACGGAGGGAGGUGCGAGGCAGACACCCCCUGAUCCUCAAAGCAAUAAAACAGGAACUCCUGCACUAAAUACACAUUUGUUCUGUGCAAGUAUGUGGACAGAUUUUGUUACGCGAGAACGGCAACAGAAGAGUGAGCAAACAUGAAUACAGACUCCCUCACUCUGCAGCGAAAAGGUGACAUCACAGGACGUGAAUCAUGCAAAACGUGGUCUGAUCUUAUGUGAAAUGGAAGGGAGUACCUGAAUUAAAAGGCAUCACGGCCAUAUUUUCGCCAGUUUAUUUCAUCACAUUGAUGCAAGAUUCUGUAAUUUUUUUUCCCUCCGUGAUUACCAAAAUUGUCCUCAUUGGCUUUAAGGUUAAAAACACUCUGGGUGAAACUACCAGAGUAUAAACAGUAGGGCAAAUCCAACCAGUACUGUGUAUAUAGAGGUUUCAGAAAGUGUUUAAAUCCCUUCAUUACAUGUUAUUGUCAUUUUAAAUGGAGGAAAUUUUUUAAUAACCUGCAGUGAUGAGGUGAAAACAUGCUGUAAGACAUUUUUGGAAGAUCUGUUGAAUCAAAAACUGGGAUCCAGUCUACAAAAGGUAUACAGACUGUAAAAAACUCCCCUUUGGUAGCAAAGACAGCCCCAGGUCUUCUUGGGUGAGUCUCCACAGGGUUUCUGAGUAAGUUUGUCCCAUUCUUCCUGUCUGAUCUCAGGCUUAGAUUGGAUAAAAGCAUCAGUUAAAUGCCAUCUUUGGCUCUCUCUAUAGACACACAUGCAUAUUUGGUUUGGAGUCGUUGUUGUUUAACAACUUAAUAUGAGAUGGUUCCACUGCGUUCAGAGAGCUAACGGAUGCUCAGCGUCUUCUUUAACACAGAUGCUGAAUCAUGCAGGCUUCACAUCAAAUCUGUAAACCAGUGUUUGCAUUUCAGAUAUGAAUCAGCGGCUACAAAUCAUCAAAUAUUUUCUAGGAGACGAUGCUGGUUGCUAUAUGUUGCAACAUAUCCACAGUUGCACUGAACAUAGUGUGUAAAUCUUACUUGCAUGUACCUUUGCAUUGAUAUUUAAUACUUGCGGAGACCAUCAGUUUCUUCUACCUGAUGCAAACGUGACAGGUUUAUUUUUGGUAAAGCAAAAAGAGCAUCCCUGUGACAACCCCAGGUUUUUAUUUAAUUUUAAGCUUUAAGUUUAUUUAUAGCAUGCAACAUUUUUACUGUACAAGCACAAUUUCUCUUCAUUCUGUGAGGAAAUAGAAGAAUCUACACAAACGAAUUGAAUGUAUUUUGUAUUUGUUUUUUGUGGGAUGAGAAAUCAACCCUGCAUUGUGUAUUCAUACGCCACUUUUUGUUUUGCGUUAUUACUGUAAGAUAAUUUCAUUAAUGAACUUGAAGGAUCUUUAAAGGCUGAAUGCACAAACGUCGGUCAUGAAUUUUAUUUUGACGAGGCAAACGUGAGAUUCUUCAUUCACAUGUGACGUUGUGCAGAUUGGACAGUUCACACUUUUGGGAAAUGUGCUCAUGAAACACUGAGAAGAUAAGAUAUUGUCUUAAUGUAUAAAAUAACCUUUUAAUGUUGAACAAACAUGUUAAAUAUAAAAUUAACAUGAGUGGCAUCAAUGUACAGAUCUCAAUAAGAAAGCAAAUGAGCACAGUUUCCUAAAUGCUGAACUAAUCAUGUAAAAAUAUUGAGAUGGUUUGCAGGGUUUUUUUUGCACUUUUAUGAUGACUUUGCUCUGCAGUACCUGGAGGCUUCAAGUCAGUACUGACUUACAAGA